CAGUAGUUAGCCUAAUCAUCUUAGCUUCAUUACUUCAGUGACGUUGACUCGUGAACCAACUGGAUCUGAGUAACAUGAGUGAAGGCAUACAGGUUUGGUUGGUUAACAACAACAGUGAGCCAGAACAUGUGUUCCUCAACUUGAAAUCUGUGCCAACGUACAGAGAUCUUAACCCAGCUCAAGGGGAAGAUUCAAGUAUGCAAGGGACUUCCAGCCAGGUUCCCCAGUACUACUAUCACACUUCUCCCCAGUAUGAGGCCAGAGACCAAACAGAAAACAUGCAAACCCAGACUCCAGCACAACCUGUUGGUACUUUGUGUGAAUUAAAGUCCAGGAAACCCUGCAACUGCAUGAAAUCCCACUGUCUCAAAGGGUACUGUGAGUGUUUUGCCGGUGGAGUGAUGUGCAGCAAUUGCAACUGCUUUAAUUGCCACAACAAUGAAAAGCAUGAAAUGGAACGUCAAAGAGCAACUAAGUUGUAUUUAGGCCGUAAAGCAAAUGCCAACAGAGGCUGCACCUGUAAACGCUCCGGUUGCCUCAAGAACUACUGCGAGUGCUAUGAGGCAGGAAUCAUAUGUGCCACCAGGUGUUUGUGUGUUGGCUGUCAAAACUUUGGCAAUAUCCUCAAAGUGAAGUCUGACGAGGACACAGGGACUGGAUCUGUGGUAACCGUGGCUGUGGUGGAGGCUGUGUGUGGCUCUCUGCUGGUCCAGGCGGAGAGUGCUGAGAGUGCAGAGCUGAGCCGUGCACAGGCUGAGCGUGUUGUCCUAGAACAGUUCAAUGAUUGUCUCACUCAGAUUACCAAGGCCAUGUUCACUGACGACUGA